AUUGACCACAUCGUUAUCAAGACCCCUUACGAGGAACUACAGAAUCUUCCGGCAUGGCUCACUGACAACUUUGUGCUUACGCCUGGCGGUCGUCACGCUUACAGGUUAACCAAGAACAAGAUGAUCAUAUUCGCGGACGGGAACUAUUUGGAGCUCAUCGCAUUCAUCGAUGAAGUUCCAUCCAUCAAGGGUGAUCACUGGUGGAGAGAUCAUGGGUACAGCAUUGUGUAUUGGGCAUUCAUUACACCCAAUCAUGACGACCUUUAAGAGGUGGUUCUGAAGGUCAAUAGUUUUGUGUUUCCUAUCAAGUAUGAAGCUCCCAAGGACGGAGGCAGAGUGCGGCCAGACGGACAGGUCAUCAAGUGGAAGUUCGCCUCAGCAGUCGAUCGGCACCGGGCUUCGUAUCUUCUGGUGUCUUGAUGUCACGAAUCGUGAGCUUCGUGUACCAACAUCGGACGCAGCUCAGACGAUGCACCCUUGUGGAGCGACGGGAAUCACACGGAUCGACCUUCAAGCACUGAGUCGAAAGUACGCAGUAUUCUUUGAUGAGC